UGCUGAUGCCGUGGUUGUCCUACCCCUCCCCCGUCCCAGCUCUGCGGCGGCCGCGCGCUCCAGGCUGGUCGCUCCACCCCCCGGCUCCCGGGACUGUGGACUCCGCGACCCUGUCCUCGGCCCUGUCCGCGCCGAAGCAGCCCGGGACUGCGCAGUGCCCUGCGUGCCGGUGAGCGACCCCGGACGUGCAGUCCCCAGGUCCCCUUCCGGAGCGGGGCUGAGCGGCUGCGCCGCAGCUGAGCCGGGCCUGACAAGGAGGGGAGGCCACUGGGGUGCUGGGCCCGCCGCAGACAUGGGAAAGUCUCUUUCUCAUUUGCCUUUGCAUUCAAGCAAAGAAGAUGCUUAUGAUGGAGUCACAUCUGAAAACAUGAGGAAUGGACUGGUUAAUAGUGAAGUCCAUAAUGAAGAUGGAAGAAAUGGAGAUGUCUCUCAGUUUCCAUAUGUGGAAUUUACAGGAAGAGAUAGUGUCACCUGCCCUACUUGUCAGGGAACAGGAAGAAUUCCUAGGGGGCAAGAAAACCAACUGGUGGCAUUGAUUCCAUAUAGUGAUCAGAGAUUAAGGCCAAGAAGAACAAAGCUGUAUGUGAUGGCUUCUGUGUUUGUCUGUCUACUCCUUUCUGGAUUGGCUGUGUUUUUCCUUUUCCCUCGCUCUAUCGACGUGAAAUACAUUGGUGUAAAAUCAGCCUAUGUCAGUUAUGAUGUUCAGAAGCGUACAAUUUAUUUAAAUAUCACAAACACACUAAAUAUAACGAACAAUAACUAUUAUUCUGUCGAAGUUGAAAACAUCACUGCCCAAGUUCAAUUUUCAAAAACAGUUAUUGGAAAGGCACGCUUAAACAACAUAACCAAUAUUGGUCCACUUGAUAUGAAACAAAUUGAUUACACAGUACCUACCAUUAUAGCAGAGGAAAUGAGUUAUAUGUAUGAUUUCUGUACUCUGAUAUCCAUCAAAGUGCAUAACAUAGUACUCAUGAUGCAAGUUACUGUCACAACAACAUACUUUGGCCACUCUGAACAGAUAUCCCAGGAGAGGUAUCAGUAUGUCGACUGUGGAAGAAACACAACUUAUCAGUUGGGGCAGUCUGAAUAUUUAAAUGUACUUCAGCCACAACAGUAAAAACUCGAAGAGAUGGAUUUAAAGAAGAAAUAUCUAUUGAUAUUUCCUAUACUCUCAAUGAAGAGAUAUUUCCUAAUAGGAGACCUUAAAUUGAACAAACCUAAAGUUUACACUUCUAAGAGUACAGUUAAAAGUAUGUGGACCUGCAGUUCUUGUAACUCUCCACUCUGUGUUAACAAUAUAUUUGUACUAGGAUCUUUUACUUGAAUCUAAAUUUACUGGUUGCUUUCCUUCUCCAGCCUAUCCCCAUAGGGAAAAGCUGAUACUUCCCCUAUAGUACAAUAAAUAAUUAUUUAAAAGUCAUAGCUCCAGUCACUACUGAAAACAUAAUUUUGGUGAUAAACAGAAUUUGAGAAACUUAAUUUCUGAAUGUUUUUAUAGAAAAUUACUGAAAGUCUAUUAUUCAUGGAAGACUUUUAAAGAAUAACCUUUUUUCCUGUUUUAUAAAUUCCCAUUGUUAUAUGGUAGUAUUUCAGCUACACAGUAUUUUAGCUUUUAGCUAGACAUUUAUAGCUUUUCAUUUGCUGAAAUGGUAAUCAUCUGCAUGUUUUUGUCACUUAUUUCAGGUUAGUGAUUGCCUAACACUUACAAGUCAAAAUAAUCUUUGCAAAAUUUCAUACCUAAAAUUUUGAAAGCCCCUAAUGUUUUCACACAUCUUUCUGUAUUAUAGUUUUGUGAAAUCUUUGUGUGACCUUCAAACAUUAUCAUUUAAUGUACAAUACUGUAAAUAAACUGUGCAUGGCUUUUAUACAGCUUUAGUCAAUGUCAAAUAAAGUGGUACAGAUUCAUUACAACAAGUUUCUCAUAAAAAUACAAUAAAUAGGAAAAUGAAAUUCAGAAACCCAUAGAUUGGGAAUAGGUUCCAAUUACAUGUUGGAUCUGGCAUAAAAUAAAUUUGAAAUAAAAUAUUUUGAUGCUCCAUUUUUUUAUGUUGCUUUUCAUACUAAAGAAUGGUGUAGACAUGUUUUACAACUGUUAGGUACCCAGUUAUCAAUUUUAUCAAUGUUUCAGAGGAGGAAAUUAUUUUUUUGAUAGAAGUUGUUCAAGAAAUCCUGUCAUUAAAUGAUGGUGGCUAAAAUAAAACCUAUUUAGAAAUUUAAUCACUUUGCAUAUCACUUGGAAUAUGAUGCCUCUAGUAGUUACUUUUUUAUAGUUUUCUACUUUUGGUUUUAAUUUUAUUUAAAAUUGUUUUCAAAUAUAGAUUAUGACUUAUUCAACUUUGCUGUUUUAUAUUUUCAAUAUUUUUCAUUUGAUUUUUUUUGUCUUUUCACUUACCAAGUUCUAGGGACAUUUAAAAUAUGUACUAAGUGUAGGAGUGGUUAUGAUACCAAAAAAUGUAGGUGGGUUGAGAUUAAUUUCGUUCUGUUUUCUCGUGACAGAAAUCAGGUUUCCCUUUCCCCAUCCCUAAGUGCCUAACUUAGGUCUGAAACAGCCUGUUUAUUAGUCUGACUCUCUCAACCCUAAAACAUAAGCUUUAUUUAAUUCUGCCUUUAAACACACUCAGGUUUCCCCUUAAUUUUCAUAUUAUUUUCUCCAAGUUUUCCUGAGUAUCUUAAAUUCGUUGAAUGUGUGUGUGUGUGUGUGUGUGUGUGUGUGUUUUUAACACUAGUCUUCCCUUAAUUCAUUGCUAACUCAAGCCAUCCUUACUAUUAAACCCAAAUCAGUCCUUUAAGUUCAUUAUGGCCUUUCCAGUA